GUGUGCGGCACGCCUGAGUACAUUGCGCCGGAGGUGAUCCUGCGGCAGGGCUACGGCAAGCCGGUCGACUGGUGGGCGAUGGGCGUCAUCCUCUACGAGUUUCUCGUCGGCUGUGUGCCGUUCUUCGGCAACACGCCCGAGGAGCUGUUCUCUCACACCGUCUCGAGCGACAUCGAGUGGCCGCAGUCGGACGCGGCGGGCGGGGAGGAGGAGGACGGCGGCGCGCUGCCGGAGGAGGCGCGCGACCUCAUCACGCGGCUGCUGCAGCAGAACCCGAUCGAGCGGCUCGGCACGGGCGGGGGUCACGAGGUCAGGGAGCACGUGUUCUUCGCGGGGCUGGACUGGGACAGCCUGCUGCGGCAGAAGGCGGCGUUCGUGCCGCAGCUCGACAACGACGAGGACACGAGCUACUUCGACACGCGCUCGGACCGCUACAGCCACGAGCUUGACUCGGACAAUGAUGACUCGGAGGAGAGUCAGCUGUUUGGCAGUUUCUCCUCCUGCUCCCCGCGCUACUCUCGCGUCUGUUCACGCCCCGACUCCGAACAACACAGCAUGGACGAGGUACGCAUGCGUGCGUGUGUGUAUGUGUGUGGGUGUGUGUGUGUGUGUGUGUAUGUGUGUGCAUGUGUGUGUGUAUGUAUGUGUGUGCAUGUGUGUGUGCGUGCGUGUGAUACAGGGUAAUAGCAUAGAAGGGUAAGUGUGCGG